ACAGGCUGCGUGCGCCGUACAAAAGAUGGCUGUGCUGUAAACAAAAAAUAAAUAAAUAAAUGUCACGCCCCUUUUAGAGAAUAAUAAUAAAAAAAAAAAGAAAAGAAAGAAGGAAAAAACCAAAACACCUUUUUUUCCGUCUUCGCUAAUCGGUGCACAUUACGGUCGGGGUGUGUUUCGCGUAUUUUUUCCGCGAUAUUGUCGUUACCCGUGAUUAUUGUCAUCGCCUCCGCGGUCCAAGUCGACGCCGUCGUCAAGCCGAACGCCGCCGACCGGUGUGUUGCACCGCACGGGACCAGUGACCACCGACCACAACGCCGUACAAGAGCGCCCUUUGUUUUGCUGUGCUGUUGACUGACCAGACGACGACGACGACGACAACACCGAACGCCGAUUAAAAAAUUAAAUAAUGACUGAAUACAAACUGGUCGUCGUCGGUGCUGGCGGCGUCGGUAAAAGUGCCUUAACAAUACAGUUAAUACAGAACCAUUUUGUGGACGAGUAUGAUCCAACGAUUGAGGAUUCUUAUCGUAAACAAGUAGUAAUUGAUGGAGAAACGUGUUUACUCGAUAUUUUAGACACAGCGGGUCAAGAAGAAUAUAGUGCUAUGCGUGAUCAAUAUAUGAGAACCGGUGAAGGUUUUCUUCUUGUAUUUGCUAUUAAUAAUACCAAAUCAUUUGAAGAUAUCAGUAAUUACAGGGAACAGAUAAAACGAGUAAAAGAUGCAGAAGAUGUCCCUAUGGUUUUGGUAGGAAAUAAGUGUGAUCUACAAAGUAGAGCGAUAGAUGUUAAAGCAGCGUCUGAUUUAGCUAAACAAUAUGGUGUACCAUUUAUUGAAACAUCUGCUAAAACGAGACAAGGAGUCGAUGAAGCAUUUUACACUUUGGUCAGAGAAAUUAGGAAAGAUAAAGAACAAAGGUUGCGAGAAAAACGUAAAGCAAAACCAAGAAGGAAACGCAAGCACUGUUACCUCUUUUGAAUAUAAGUGAAACAAUUGGAAUUUUUUUAUUUAAAUUAAAUAAAGGACCUAACAAGAGUGUCCUCGUCAUAUUUUAAUUAAUGUAAACACACUUUAGGCUCAGGGAAGUGUGUUUUCAUCAUUUAUAAUAUUGUUCAGUUAAAAGCAUGUAUUGAAUAUAUUUAUUUGAAUGAUAAACAAAAAACAAAUAACUUUUGGAAUCCCGAUCAAUAGAAAUUUAUGUUCAAAGAAAGAACAUUAUACAGAGGACCCCUUUAACAAGUUGACAUCUUGUUUUGAGAUCCGAUUUUAAUAUUGCUAUUUUUAUCGUCUUAUUAUUAAUAAAAAUUUAAAAAAUAUA